AUGUCUACGUCCUACGGCGAAGAUAGCCCCUUGUUGGGUGCGGAUACGGCAUCGAUACGUUCGUCUUCGAUCCUCAAGCCCCCGACGGACGACGAAGAUGGGCCUUCUUCACCACCCGAGUUCGGGAAUCUCGAAGACGAUGUCUUACCCGAGGAGUCCGUCCUAGGCCGGAACAUCGACUGGAAAAGCGCUUAUAUCAUCGCCAUUUCAAGAGUUAUCGGAAGCGGCAUCUUUGCGGUUCCGGGAGUUAUUCUGUCCUCCGUCGGAAGUGUGGGUCUUUCGCUUUCGAUUUGGAUCCUUGGCGCCGUCGUCGUAGCAUGCGGCCUUACGGUAUCUCUUGAAUAUGGCUGCAUGCUGCCGCGGUCUGGCGGAGACAAGGUAUACCUCGAGUUCACAUAUCCGUGGCCACGCUUCUUUGCCUCGACCAUGAUCGCGGUUCAAGCUGUGCUUCUAGGUUUCACGGCAAGCAAUUGCGUGAUCUUCAGCCAAUAUGUGCAUUUCGUAUUCGACGUCGAGGCUCGAGAUUUUUCUAGGAAGGCUCUGGCAGUCGGGCUCCUUACUGUCAUCACUAUUAUUCACGGCGUCUGGUAUAGAGCUGGCAUACGCAUCCAAAACUUCCUAGGCUGGAUCAAGGUGGGGCUUGUUGUAUUCAUGGUGUUAUCGGCUCUUUACGUCGUGGUAUUAAGGCCCGAACAGGAAGAUGCAAACUUAAGACCGAAGAAGAUACAAUCUUGGGAAGGACUAUGGGAGGGCAGUGACUGGAAUCUUGGGACCCUUGCGACUUCAUUAUUCAAAGUUUUCUAUUCUUAUGCUGGUCUAUCCAACCUGAAUAACGUUAUGAACGAAGUGAAAGAUCCUGUUAGAACCUUGAAGUCGGUUUCUCUGACGGCUCUGGUUACAGCGUUGCUCUUGUACUUGCUUGCUAACCUCGCUUACUUUGCCGUGGUACCCAUUGAGGAUAUCAAAGAGAGCGGUCAGCUGGUUGCCGCAUUGUUCUUUGAACGUACAUUUGGCCCCAAUAUCGGCAAGAGGUUUCUACCUCUGGCCGUUGCGCUCUCGGCGGCAGGGAAUGUGAUGGUAGUGACAUUUUCGACCGCGCGUCUGAAUCAGGAGGUUGCUCGUGCGGGCUUUUUACCAUUUUCCAGAUAUUUAUCAUCUUCGAAGCCUUUCAACGCUCCAUUAGGAGGAUUGAUUGUACACUGGAUUCCUUCUGUUCUGGUUAUCAUACUCCCACCAUCGAGCGAAGUGUACUCCUUCAUAUUAGAAGUUGAGGGUUAUCCAGGACAAGUAUUCGCGCUUGCUACGUCAAUAGGACUUAUCUGGCUGCGAUAUAAGCGACCGGACUUGAAACGGCCGUUCAAAGCCUGGAUCCCGGCGGUCAUAUUUAGAAUCGUUCUGUGCUUUUCUUUAUUAGCUGCUCCCUUUUUCCCUCCGUCGCAUCCGAAACCCGGUGGCCUAUUUUACGCGACAUACGCCAUUGUUGGUGUCGGCAUACUUGUGUUUGGAGUCCUAUACUGGCUUAUAUGGACAGUCAUAUUACCCCGACUGGGCGGCUAUAGGUUAGAAGAGAAGCAAGACGUGCUAGAUGACGGGACUGCUAUCACUGUGCUAACAAGGGUACCGAAUGAUGUUGACUAA